UCGAGGAUGGCUGACGCGUGCGCGGAAGGUGCCGGACGGAGUGAAGAGCAAGGUCGAGUGGCAGCAGCGGGCAGUGCGCGCAGGGGCGCGCUGAGGGAAGAGGCUGGGGUGCUGCUGCCGCCGCCGGACCGGGCGUGAGAGCAAGCGAGCGAUCGUGUUUGGGAGCGGGGGAAACCGAGCAGGAAUGGCCGAUCCCUUACGCCGGACUUUGUUCGCCAAGCUGAGGGGGAAGAAGCCCAAGAAGACGGCGAACGGCGGCUCGAGGAGCCACGAAGUGACGGUCAACAAAAUGCAAGAAUGGAUGCACAGAGGGCGCAUGCUGUCCUUGGAGAUGAAAGAGCGUAUUAGUGGGUCCGUAAAAGUCAGUAUGCCAUCUGGUCCAUUGCCAGGUCAGGCAACCAGCAAAGUAGAAGUACAGAAGGCAAGUUUCCCUGUGGCUGUCAGAGUGCAAGGAAACAAAACGGCAUCUUCCCCUACCAGCCAAAGGGUUUUGCUGACAGAUUUCAUUGAAAAUGUACAUGCCUCUUCAAAAAUCAGGAGAGAAUUGAAAACCUCUGAAGCUAACAAGAUCAAUGACUACAGGCCACACGUAAACAACAUUACAGUGUCCAAAAAAAGAAACUGGCUGCAGCAAAGCACUCUGAACCCUUAUUUGAAUGAAGAAGCCAAUGCCCCUGUAUCAUCAGAGCUAACAAACCAUGUGACUGGUCCAAGCCCCUUGCAAGAAAGCAGACAACAGCCUGCAAUUUUACCUCAAGAGUCUGCCCAACAAAAUAACCGCAGAAUUGCUACAAAGAUUACUUUGGAUCAUAGUGAAGAAAAUGAUGCAGAUGAUGAGGGGGAGAUAUGGUAUAAUCCCAUCCCGGAAGAUGAAGAAGUUGAUAUACCACAAAUACAGUCCCUUCCUGGCAGUUGUCUGGCUGAAAUUUCAGACGGUAUGCAGAUGAAAUCGCCCUCAUUGCCUGUUGGUGAUUUGGUUAAAGGACAAGUAAUCUUGGGAAUCUCUGCAAAUUGCUCUGAAAACAUGAGGGAAAUCCAGAUAACUCCAGCGAUUGAUGUGAAUCGGGCAAAUUUUGUGAAUUCUACAAGUUCCACAGAAUGUGUGCAGCUGCAGAGGCAGAUGUGUGUGUGCAGAUCUUGCAGUGGGACAAAUAUGGAGGAGAGCUGUGUACACAAACCUUCAACUUCAAUACAUACCAUGGAUCCUUCCAAUGGCGCUGUUUGUGCAGAGGAAGCAUUAGCGACAGCAGCAACAAUGAAUGAGUUUUCACCGCCCUCCAGCCCUUCCCCUUUGAAAAAGGGGACUGCAAUCAAUUGGUCAUUUCCAGAAAAGAUAAAGUCUCCUCGAACUGUGAGGAAGCUUUCAAUGAAAAUGAAAAAGCUUCCAGAACUUAGCAGAAAAUUAAGCAUCAAAGGGACUUCGAGCCAUAACUGUAAUGAUAAUUCGUCAUCCAAAGGCACAUAUGGAUCCUCUUUAUCUCCUGGAAUUGUGACUAAUGCUGCUAGUAGGAAUGUCAUCAGUCGUUAUCACCUGGAUACAAGUGUUGUAUCACAGAACUGCAAAAAGAAAAGUUUAGGAAGCUCCAAAUCUGCCAGCAAAGGUGGCUACCUUAGUGAUGGUGAUUCACCAGAACUUGUAGCUAAAUCGGGUAAGCACUCCUGUGAAAGUAAACCUGCAAAGGGGAGCAUUGCUUCAACGUCUCAUAAGACGCACAGUGCAGAAAUUGACAUUGAUGCUUUUAGGCAUUACAGCUUUGUGGAUCAGCCCAAAUGUUCUCAAUAUAUUUCGGGCCUAAUGAGUGUACAUUUUUAUGGUGCUGAGGAUUUAAAGCCACCGAGGAUUGAUUCUAGAGAAGUAUUCUGUGCCAUACAAGUGGAUUCUGUCAACAAGGCCAGGACAGCCUUGUUGACUUGCAGAACCACAUUUUUGGAUAUGGACCACACAUUCAAUAUUGAGUUGGAGAAUGCACAGCAUCUCAAGCUGGUAGUCUUCAGCUGGGAGCCAACGCCUCGUCGGAACAGAGUUUGUUGCCACGGUACUGUUGUACUUCCCACACUCUUCAGGGUUUCCAAGAUGCAUCAACUGGCAGUAAAACUUGAACCUAGAGGGCUCAUUUAUGUAAAGCUAACUCUGAUGGAACAGUGGGAAAACUCAUUGGACAGCCCAGAUGCAGAACGAGAGCCAGUGGUGUUUGGUGUUGAGGCACGAAAAAUAGUUGAGAAAGAAAAUACAGGCUUGAGGGUGCCAUUGUUGAUGCAGAAAUGUAUUGUGGAAAUUGAAAAAAGAGGUUGUCAGGUUGUGGGCCUGUAUCGGCUUUGUGGCUCUGCUGCAGUUAAGAAAGAGCUUAGAGAAGCUUUUGAGCGUGACAGCAAGGCUGUUGGCUUAUCUGAAAACCUAUAUCCGGAUAUCAAUGUUAUUACAGGUGUCCUCAAGGAUUACUUGAGAGAACUGCCAUCACCUUUGAUAACAAAGCAGCUGUAUGAAGCUGUUUUGGAUACCAUGGCUAAGCAACCCCUCAAGAUUACCUCUUCUGGGUGUGAGAAUGACCUUAGUGACUCUGAGUACACAGCUGGUCUCUUGGACUGUCUACCUGAAGUGGAGAGGGCAACACUGAAGAUGCUGCUGGAUCAUCUGAAACUUGUAGCUUCAUACCAUGAGGUCAAUAAAAUGACCUGCCAGAACUUGGCAGUGUGUUUUGGGCCCGUACUUUUAAGCCAGCGACAGGAGGCUUCUAACCAUUGUAAUAGGGUUUUCAUAGACUCUGAGGAGUUGGCCAGUGCGCUGGACUUCAAGAAGCACAUCGAAGUAUUGCAUUACCUGCUUCAGCUUUGGCCAGUGCAAAGUGUAGGUACCAAAGAGCACGGGGAAAGUGGUGGAUUUUCAGAACCAGCUAAACCAGUGAAUUACGUGAGGAGGAGGAAGCAGCGACCUACAAUGUUAAACUUGACAAACACUGAGAUGACUGGGGUGCUGCGCCCCAGACAGAUCAGGCUUGACAGUCCCAGUAAUCGCUAUGCUGGUGACUGGAGCAGCUGUGGUGAAAGCUACCUGCUGAGACCAAAGGAAGAUAGCAUUGAGGCAGACUACGAUGAUGUUCCUUCAGAAGACACUGGGAGUGAAGAAGAGAACCUAACAGCAGACAGGACAAGUCAUGUGCUGGAACCACAUGCAGAGCCUGAAUCCAAAGAGCAACCAUACGAGGCCUAUGUACAGAUGCAGGAAAUCAAUCCGGCACUAAAGCAUCGAGUGAACCUCAAGGAUCUUCAAGAAAGCAUUGACACACUGAUUGGAAAUUUAGAACGAGAACUCAGCAAAAACAAGCUAAAUGCCACUUGCUAAAUUACUCCCAUUCGGGCAGAGGAUUGAGACUGCAUGCAGGUCCAGCCCAACAGUUUUAUCAGCUUUUUUCUUUGGGAGUGCUCUUCUGGUAUGAGAAGUAGCAUGAACUAUCUUGGGUCAGCUGACUCAUUUUAGGCAUUCCAGGACAUUUGUACAUGUAAGUUUUUUUUCUUCAUAUUGGAAGAAUUCCAGUGGAUUGACCCUUAGGGGUAUGUGGUGCCUUAAAGGCAUUUUUUUUUACAGUACUGUAGACUGAGCACUGUGUUCAGGUAGGAAUGUCAACUGAUGCACUUAUAAAAGAAACUUUUGAUGAGGACUUUUUGAAGGAGACUAGCCAUUGCCACUCAGCAUCCAUUCUAGGGACUGAAUCCUGAGUCAUCUUAAGCUAAUCUGUUUAAUUCUGAUCAUCCUCAUUAUUGAAGAUGUUUUGAUGCUGCUUGGCAGAUCUUUCUGCAAUGAGACAGAGUAUUUGUUUUUCCACAGCAAUAAUUACCAAUUAAAGAUUUGCUGGUCACCUUUCAUUUGCAAUGUAAUACCAAGGCUGCUAUGAAGAGACUAUAUACACAGGAAAAAAAGCCCUGCACAUUUUUUGGGUGUAUAUUGUAAACUGUUUUCUUUCUUUAUUAUUAACACGUCUCUGUAACUGUAUUUAAAGGCAAAUCAAAACAAAUGGUAUAUUUUUCUAACCCAUUAUAUUUUUGAUAAAGUGUGAUCACGCCAUUUAUAGUGACACACAUACCAGAAGGCCAAAUACCGUUAGAUGUACUGCCUGGGAAAUGUAGUAUAUAUAAAUAUAUAUAAACGCACGAUAAUGAGAGCUGUGAGGAAGUGUUCUCAAUGUAACGUGGCUGAUUAUUUGUAAUACCUGCUAUGGCAUGAUGUUUGCUUGUGUCAGGUCAGUAAGUUUAUUAACAAAGCAUUAAAACGGGUGUCGUAAAUUGGAAUGGUCCACAUCUUUACACAGGUAGGAAAUGUGAAUGAAUAAUAACUCUCAGUUAAAAGUGUCAGGCCACAUUUUCAAAGGAACCUUUUCAGGGGCUGGUUUGUGUGUGGAGUUGAGUACAUUUUACACUUAUUUGUAUUUACUUCUGUUCAUCUUUCUGCAAUGUUAACUGAAUUUUAGUUUUAAUGGCAGUAGGAUAAGCAGCUACAAAGAUUGACAAUGUUUAAAUUAGCUCUCCACUUUUGACAAUUACUGCAGUAGCAAAUUAAAUGCAAAAUUUGAAACGUCUUCAAAUCAAAUAUUUUGUACAACCAUAGAAUAGAUUUUCAUCCCAAAGCCUUUUUUAUUUGUAAAUUAAUUAUAUUAUAACCCACACAAUUGAGUCAGCUGUAGCCUUGUGGUCAACACACUCAUCAGGAGGUUGUGGGUUCAGGUCCCGCUCCAGGGACUCGAUACAAAUCUAAGUUGACACUCAGUACACCACUAAAGGUGCGCUGCACUGGUACAGAUUCCCAACCUUCUGAUGUGACUUCAAACCGAGGCCCUAUGUGCUCCCCAGUUAGACUUAAAAAAUCCCUUGGUACUAAUUCAAGCAAAGGUGUCCUAGUCAAAGUUUACCCCUUAACCAAUGAUGUUUUGGCUAGGUUUUACUUUAAAAUUUUAAUGUCCUUUGGUCAUCCCAGGACAUGGAGAGGGCAAAGUUGAACAUUAAUUACUGACUGUGAUUUAGUUUUAUUUUGUGCUUUUUGGUUGGGUUCUUUUGUAAGAGUGUUUUUAAUAAUGGUGCUUUCCUCUGAUUUAGGGGGCAGGUGGCCCAUUUCUUCCUGCUGCAGUGAUUACUCACAACUUUUUUGUCUAAUUUGAACCUGAUGUAGAAUCACUUCAACUUUAAUAGCCUCAAAAUGGGGCCAGACCAUUGAGCAGAUCUGUCCAUUGCAUCCACAGUUACUCCUGUCUCUUUAUUUCUUCCACUUAAUUAUUUCCCUCUUGGACCUCCGCACUUCCUGCCCUGGAAAAGCUUCCAUUGAAUUGGUACGGCAGUGGCGUCUUUCACCAUGUGUGUCCCAUAGUGAUGCUCCUGUCUCCUUACAUUUAAAUUCUGCUCUAAUCAUCCAUUUACAUAUGCAGCCUAAUUGGGGUGAUGAGCUGACCACAACAGAUCCACUAGAAACGGUACUGUUACAAUUGAGACUGUCCAACAGGCCAACUGACAUAACCUUAAGUCAAAUAAGGGUUAACAUCUGUAGUUAAAAAUUACAGGCACCUUGUGUUUCCCAGUCCCCUGAACCAACAUGUGCAAAAGUACUUAAAGAAUGAAUAAAUCUGUGUUUGAGGGAUCAGAUUUUUUAGUUUCACCUCUGUCCAAAUUGUGAAUGAUGGAUUUGAUAUUUUAAGUUAUUUAAUACUGCCGCUUCCAUUUACAAAAAAGUUGGCCUUAAUCUUUUUUAAAACUGCAAUGUUUCCAAGACCAGUCUUAAAACAUUUACUGAAGAUAUCAAGACUUUUGUCAGAAUAAACUUGAUAAACUUUGCCACUGCUAUAUGUCACGUAUGUUAUCAUGUGUUUCAACUUGCUUUUAAAAUGAUCUACUAAUGUGUAUACCAUGUAUAAUGUGAACACAUUUGGCCGUGUUAGUUUUAAUUAACACUCCUCACAGCUUAAAGAUUCUUUGUAAAGGGUUUUCAGGCUCUAAUUUAUCUACUGAAUUGUUAUUCAUGUGUUUUAGUAAUCCCGUAUGCAUUAUCUGUUACACAGAAGUAUAGUUGCCUUGAAAUGAUAAAGUAUCAUUAAACAUGUAAAUAUGACUCUAUAUACUGAUUUGAGUACAAUGCUGU